AUGGUGGUGCCCGCCUCGACGCCUUCUGCGCCGCCAAGCAACGCCGCGCCGCCUCCCGGCUCCGAGACCUUGGAGGUGGGUGGCUGGCAGGUCGUCGUCGCCGACGGGCACGCGGUGCUGCCCGAAGGCAUGACGCACCUGCCGGACCGGGCGUUCCAGCACCGCGCCUCUCUCGUCUCGGUCGCCUUCCCGCGCAGCCUCGCCUCCAUCGGCGAACGCGCCUUCGCCUUCUGCUCCUCGCUCGUCUCUAUCGACCUCCCUGCCAGCCUUACCUCCAUCGGCGAGCAAGCCUUCCGCGACUGCUCCGCCCUCACCACCGCCGCCUUCCCCGCCGGCCUCACCUCCAUCGGCAUCUGCGCCUUCUCCGGUUGCUCCUCCCUCGUUUCCAUCACCCUCCCCGCCAGCCUCACCUCCAUCGGCACCUGCGCCUUCUACUGCUGCGAGGCCCUCGCCAACGUCACCUUCCCCGCCGGCCUCACCUCCAUCGACAGCCACGCCUUCGAGAGCUGCCCCUCCCUGAUCCGCGUCACCGUGCCAACCACCGCCACCAUCGGCUUCGGCGCCUUCCCACUCGCCACCAUCGUCCGCCGCCUCCCGCCCGCAAAGAUGCGCUGGUACGAGGCGGUGGACGGGGCUCUGGCCUACAAGCGCUGCCGCCCCCUCCUCUACGGCUGGCUAGAGCGGGCCCAGACCAGGCUCGGCUCUUACGGCCCGGACGGCGCGGCGCGCCAGCGCGACCGCGAGGAGUUCGAGGGCGACUUUGCGCACCUCGCGCUCCAUGCAGACUGA